AUGGAUGUGAUAAAAUGUGAUUGCAAGUUUUCAGCUAGCUUUAGAACAAGCCAAGUCAUGUCUGGUGGUGCAAACAGAAAAAAAGCCAGCCGUUCACAGGGCUGGGAAGAAGCCGGCUCAGAAUUUUAUCAGGAAAGUUACCCAAUCGAUGCCGACAUCGAAGUCCUACAGAAAGAUCCCAAACACUUGGCCACACUAUUGCCCAGCAAACAGAAUAGGACAGCUGCAGCAACUAUUCGACAUAGGACAAAUGACACCAGAACAAAUAACAGAACAGUACGUAGACGUACAGCCACGCACUCCAGAAGGGAUUCUACGGUUCAGCGUAGGGCUUCUGCUGCUGGUGAGGUGCAGGUGUCUAUGCUACCUGAUCUGUCAGAAAUGAGGACCAAUGAGCAGACUUCUUGGGAGGAAAUCAUGCAGAUCAAGACACUGCCAUUGCCCAUGAGGGAAAAGAAGGAAAUGAAAGCCAAAAUAUUGAAUGAACCCAACCUGCGUUUGCAGGGCUACGAGCAGUUCAACUGGAAGCGCCGGAAAAUGUGGGGCGUCCUGGAAUCCCGUCUACGGGAAUCCUUCAACGAAAUGGAGCUGUGGAAGGGGGCCCUCAAGCAUAUCGAAGGCAACUUCGGCACCGGCGUCGUCGCGUUCUUCCUCUUCCUCAAGUGGCUCUUCCUCCUAAACACGGUUAUAUUCUUCUUCUUAUUUUUGUUCAUCACCUUGCCCACCAUCUUGCUCGACUACGAACGCUUGGUCAACUGUCCCUACAACGCCACUUGUUGCGCCGAAGGCUAUUUCAACGAAACCCUUUCGGAAAACAAUGUUUUCCUGGAUUUGAUCCAAGGCACCGGGAUUCUCGAGAGAACCAUCUUGUUUUACGGGUUUUACAGUAACAAGACGCUUUCCUACAGCUUAGGGCUCUUGCAAAUGUACUACAACCUGCCAUUGGCUUAUCUCCUCAUAAUCAUCUUAUGUUUCGCAAUUUCCUUGGUAGCUAUCAUCAGAUCAGCUGCGAAAGGUUUCAGGGAAAGACUGAUUGAAGGAGAGGGGCAGUUUUACCAGUACUGCAACCUCGUUUUCGGAGGUUGGGACUUCUGCAUAGACAACGAAAAAGCCGCCAGGAUCAAGCACAAGGCCCUCUACAGCGAGAUCAGAGCCAACCUGGAGACAGAGAAGAUAAAAGAAGAGAAGCAGAGUCGUACGACCCAAGAAAAAUGCAGGAUCGUCUUCUGCAGGUUCAUCGUCAACACCGUAGUACUGGCCAUCCUCGCCGGGUGCGCCUGUCUGAUAUACCUGGUGUUCGAUUUCUCCACCAACAAACUUGCCGAAUCGACCUCGCGAACCCAAACCAAAGAGCUUUUCUUCGAAUUCCUACCGUCUAUGACCAUAGUAAGUCUGAACAUCGUCGUCCCUUUCACAUUCACGUUCUUGAUAAGCUUCGAAAAGUACACGCCGAUGACCGUAAUAAAAUUGUCGCUGAUACGCAUGGUAUUCCUCAAACUGUCCUCGCUCAUCGUCUUUUACAUGUCCCUUUGGCGUAAGAUAACCUGCAACAAAGUAGACGAGUCCCAGUGCGUCGCUUGCGACGAAAUCCCAGUUUGCUGGGAAACCUUCGUCGGGCAACAAAUUUUCAAGCUGCUGCUCACGGAUUUCGGUACGCAAAUUGUGAUAACGUUCGUGAUAAAUUUCGCCAGAUCUCAGCUAGCCAGGCAUUUCGACAACAAGAUCAUCAAGUUCCUUGGCGAGCAAACUUUCGACUUGCCUAAACACGCCCUAGACAUAGUCUACAUGCAGAAUUUGUGCUGGUACGGCAUAUUCUACAUGCCUAUGUUGUCUUUCAUGGCGGCCGUGAUCUUCCUCUUGAUGUUCUACGUCAAAAAGUUCGCUUGUUUAGUCAACUGCAAGCCUAGCAGCGUAAUUUACAGGGCAUCGAGAUCGAACUCUAUGUUCAUGCUCGUUUUACUCGUUGCAUACGCCUUCGCCAUAAUACCAAUCGCGUUCUUUUUCGCUGAGCUGACCCCUUCCAAGUCCUGUGGGCCCUUUAGAGACAAGGGUUCCGUUUGGGGGCUGAUCGUGGAUCUGUUCAAGCGCACUCCCGAAUGGCUGCAGAGCGUCAUCUUCUUCUUGAGCACUGCUGGAUUCGCGGUACCUUGCAUCAUAGUGCUGCUUCUUUUUCUCUACUAUUACACCGCUGUCAAUUCGGCAAACAAGCAUCUGGUGGAGGUGCUGAAGAACCAGCUGGUGCUCGAAGGGCACGACAAGCAGUUUUUGCUGGACAGGUUGAGUUUGUUCAUCAAGCAGGAUAACCAGAAGAGGGCGAGGGCCGAGCAGAACGGUGGGAGAGGAGAUGCUAACACGUGA